CCCUCAUUAUAGCUCUCUCGCUCUCUCUCUCUGUGUUUUCCUUUAGCAAAAAAUCUCACUUUCUUCUACACCUAAAACUCUCUCUCUUCCUCACCUACCUUAUAAAUCAGAUCAAACCCUAAUCUACUCUUACUUUCUCUCUCACUAAACAAAGCUUUCUCUUUCUUUCUCUCUGUCUUGUGAGUGCAAGGUUUUUGAUGAGGAGAAAUUGGUGUUUUUGAUUGAUCCAUGGAGAGAAAAGAGGGUGUAAAGAUGGAAGAUGUAUUGGGAAGCUCAUCAUUUUCUGAUUAUAUAGCGAAUAGUUUCCCAUUACAAAGUAUAUUUGAUUUGAGUAGUGAAGGAGAGACGAUCCCAUUAGGGUUUAUGGAGUUGCUGGGUGUUCAGGACUUGAGUCCUCCUUUGUUUGAUAUGGCAAAGCAGGUUCCAUCUCUCGUAACCCAAGCCAUGAAUCAUUCUUCCACGAAGAUCGAGUCUCCUGAGGUUUUUAAUCAGCCUGCUACUCCCAACUCUUCCUCGAUUUCAUCAGCAUCAAGUGAGGCUGUCAAUGAUGUGCCUGUUAAAGUAGAUGACCAAGAAGAAGACCAGCAAAAAACCAAGCAACAGUUGAAACUCAAGAAGACAAAUCAGAAGAGACAGAGAGAGCCGAGAUUCGCGUUCAUGACGAAGAGCGAGGUUGAUCAUUUGGAAGAUGGGUACAGAUGGAGAAAGUACGGCCAAAAAGCUGUAAAAAACAGCCCGUUUCCUAGGAGUUAUUAUCGUUGCACCAGCACCUCAUGUAAUGUGAAGAAAAGAGUUGAGAGAUCUUUCAGUGAUCCGAGCAUUGUGGUAACCACUUACGAAGGCCAACACACUCACCCCAGCCCAGUCAUGCCUCGACCAAUUAUUGGUAGUGCUCAUCUGAGUUCAGGCAUUUCUACCGGAGCCCAAGCAACCUUUGGCAUGCCAAUGCAAAGGGCUUCAUCUCACUAUCAGCAGCAUCAACAGCCAUUUUCCAAUAGCUUGUCUCCUUUGAACUUCGGCUACAAUGGUUCUAUUAACGCAAGUUUUAUUCAUGAGAGGCGUUUUUGCACCCCAGAGCCGUCUUUGUUUAAAGACCAUGGCCUGCUUCAGGACAUUAUACCGUCCCAUAUGAUGAAAGAAGAGUAGGUUAGAACACCCAUUACCGCUAUAUGUAAUUCUCUCACAGACUUGGGUGAAAGGAGGUGUCGAUGAAAAAGGAAAAUGAUCAGUUAAUUGCUGGUAUGUAAUUUUCAUGCUGACAGGUGGCGAUUUUUCUUGUACAAGGAACCCGCUGCUAUUUUAUACAAACCUUGAAGAAUAUUAAUGUUACAGUGUUGGUUUUACUUUUUGAUCCAAUGCAGGAAUUUAGUUUCUUAUUUGGGGCUGGUUUUGUCAUUUUUGCCUCAUUUGGUGGUUCUUGAUAUGUAGAGAUUAUACACCACGGAAAUUUGGUUCUUUCUUCUUUAAUUCUUCUGACAACUCGUUUGUCCUAUUUCUUUGUUUUUGUUUUCAAGGAAUGUGCAUCGAUUCCCAUUGAAAGUACUACAGUUGAGAUUUUGAGGGCUAGGGUUUCUUCAGAGAACAAUUAAUGUGGAAGCUAGAAAAGCUUUCUAGUUGUCUGGGAAUCGACGAAAUCCAAAUUUUUCGUAGCAGUGAUGAGGCCUGCAAAUUGUAAGAAUUUGGUGCGAAAGAAAAUUUAUGUGCUGUAUCUGUAUAUGCUUGAUGGAACAAUAACUCGACUAGACCUCUUUUUUGCAUGAGUUACAUAAAUAACUCCAAUUUUCUUGCGUCUAUCUCAUAGAUUUGGUUCAUUGAAUGGUGGGGUGGGUAUUCAAUUUAUUGUAUGAGAGAUGAAAAC